AUGCUCAUCCCAGCAUACUCCCGUUGCAACACUGCCCCCGCCUCCCAACCCCGUCCGCCCGCCAGACGCGACAGCCGCGAUCCGCCCGCCCACCGCAUUCCCCGCCGCGAACUCCCCACCCGCCCUCCGCAAUCCCCGCCGCGAACUCCCCACCCGCCCUCCACAAUCCCCGCCUGCCAUGUGAGGAACUCAAGUCCCCGACCAGCAAAGCAAUUUGGAGCCGGGGCCGCAGUCGCGCUCGCCGCCGCCCUCGUCGGCAUCCUCGCGUGCCUGGUCCUCGGGCUGAAGCCGCCAGCGUACGCGGUCCAGGUGUUGGCCAUCUUCAGUCUCGGCAACGCCUCCUCCUCGGCAGCGCUCUCGCCGGGGUUCGACGCGACCGUGCGCACCGACAACCGCAACGACAGGCUCGGCGUGCGGUACGAGGGGGGCCGGGGCCGCGUCUCCGUGUCGUACGGCGGCGCGCUCCUGGCCGACGACGCGCGGCCGGCGCUCUACCAGGCUCCCCGGAACGUGACGGUGGUCGUGGCGAGGGCGAGGGGGUCCGGGGUACGACUGUCGCGGAGCGUGCGAGAGCAGUUGGCCGCGGCGGAACGACUCCGGUUGGUGUCGUUCGACGUGGACGUCGAUGUGCCCGUGCGCCUCCAGCUCGGCGAGGUCAGGACGUGGGCCGUGCCGCUGCGGGCGUGCUGCACCGUGGCGGUCGACAGGCUCGCGGUCGACGCCAGGGUGGUGUCCAGCUCGUGCGACGUCAAGGUGCGCCUCCUGUCGUGGUGGAGGAAAACUGACGAUGGCGCCAUGGCGGAUUACAUACAUGAGCACUUCUUGUUUGGUUUUAUGAUUCGUUUUCCCCUCAUUUGCAAGACUGGUUUGGUCGCGCAAUGUGGAUCUUGUCAUCGUAGUAUCAUAUCAGGGACGCUCUCAAAUCGUCUUGCGACUUGUGUCAUGUUGCCACCAUCCAUAGUUACAGAUGUGGACUGCACAACAUGUGAUUCCAAGCGUCCUGGAAAAAAUUGUCUCAUAAAGCUUGAAUGGGUCUGUUAUGUUUUGUAG